UGAGGGGUGUCGGAGGUGUCGCCGCCCUGCCCCUUCCCGCCACCAGGGGGCGCCCGGCGCCCCCCCACCCCACCCCCACAGCAGGGGGCACUGCCCGCGGCGCCCACACCGCCUCUCCCAGUGCGGGGGCGGAGCGCCGCGAUGCAAAGCGCGCCCUGAUUGGCGGAGAUACCCAGGGCUGGGAUGAGAGAGGGGCUCUGAUUGGUCGCCAGCAGCUGAAGGAUUUCUGCAAUUGAGUUUCAAUUUCUGCCACACGGAUUCUUAUUCCUUUGGACACAGCAGAGCUUCCUGUUGAGCCAUGCUGCUGAAGAUCACCUUGUCUUCUGGAAGGAGAAACACAAUGAACAAAUGAAUCCCUUCACCCAGAUAUUACUCCAGUAGAUCUCCUUCUCCUCAUGGAGCACACAGGCAGGGAGGAGAUGGACUUGAAAGAGGAAAGUCCUCAAGUGUGGACCGAGUCUGCAGGACAGGACCAGAACACUGCUCAGGUGCACUUUGUCCCCGAGGGGGGGGCAGUGGCCCAGAUCAUGUACAGUGACGAGCAGGAGCGCGGCCCUGCACAGCAGGUGGUUUACACGGCUGACGGCACCUCCUACACCUCUGUGGACACCUCGGAGCACACCCUCGUUUACAUCCACCCCGUGGAAGCUACACAGACUCUGUUUACAGAUCCGUCCCAAGUGGCUUAUGUCCAACAGGAUGCUACCACCCAGCAGGUAACUGUGCUCUUGCCUGCUGCUGCUCAGAGCAUGAAUCCCACCAACCUGUCCGUGCUCGGCAGCGUUGCUGACCCCCCCCAGCCAGUGGCUCUGGAGCAGGGGCCACAAGCAGAUAGAGCAUCAUUACCGGUGCAUAACCAGGUGUUACCUCCUAUGGAGGCUGUGGAUGGUUCUGAUCCUUUAGCACCUCUACAGAAUCAAAUGGAAAGGAUAGAAACAAAGGAGGAAGAUGAUGAGGAUGAAGAUGAGGAUGAAGAUGGGGAAGACACUGACAUGGAUGAGUGGGAUCCAGAUCCACCUCGACCCUUUGAUCCCAAUGAUUUGUGGUGUGAAGAGUGUAAUAAUGCACAUCCCUCAGUGUGUCCGAAACACGGACCUUUGCAUCCCAUCCCAAACCGGCCUGUACUGACCAGGGCAAGGGCCAGCCUUCCCCUGGUGCUCUAUAUAGACAGGUUUUUGGGAGGUGUGUUCUCCAAAAGGCGCAUCCCAAAGCGUACACAGUUUGGGCCUGUGGAAGGACCCCUGGUCAGACAGACUGAGCUCAAAGACUGCUAUAUCCAUUUGAAGGUUUCUCUUGAUAAGGGUGACAGAAAAGACAGAGACUUGCAAGAGGACUUGUGGUUUGAACUUUCCAGUGAGGCUCUGUGUAACUGGAUGAUGUUUGUGCGUCCAGCUCAAAACCACCUGGAGCAGAAUCUGGUGGCCUAUCAGUACGGCCACCACAUUUAUUACACCACCAUUAAAAAUGUGGAGCCCAAGCAGGAACUCAAGGUGUGGUAUGCUGCUUCCUAUGCCGAGUUUGUGAACCAGAAGAUCCAUGACGUAACUGAGGAGGAGAGGAAGGUGCUCAGGGAGCAGGAAAAGAACUGGCCGUGUUAUGAGUGCAAUCGGCGUUUCAUGAGCUCAGAGCAGCUCCAGCAGCACCUCAACUCCCAUGACGAGAAGCUGGACUUCUUCAGCAGAACCAGAGGCCGAGGUCGUGGGCGAGGAAAGAGGAGAUUUGGACCAGGUAGACGCCCUGGCCGCCCUCCCAAAUUCAUGCGCAUGGAAGUAACCAGUGAAAAUGGUGAAAAGUGUGAAGAAGGAACACAGGACUUGCUGCAUUUUUCCAGCAAGGGGCAGUUUGAUGAGGCCGGACAAGCCCCACUGAAUGGGCUGGAGCAGCAGGAACAGACUCCGGUGCCAACAGAGCCACAGGCAGCACUGGAGCAGCAGGAAAACCACGUGCUCCAUGUACAGCCACAGCACGAGGGGAGCACGGUGCCCAUGCAGAGCACCAUGACAGCAGAUGACAUGAGGCGAGCAAAGCGCAUCAGGAAUGCAGCUCUGCAGCACCUGUUCAUCCGGAAAUCCUUCCGCCCAUUCAAAUGCCUGCAGUGUGGGAAGGCCUUCCGGGAGAAGGACAAGCUGGACCAGCACCUGCGGUUCCAUGGGCGGGAAGGGAACUGCCCUUUGACCUGUGACAUCUGCAACAAGGGCUUCAUCAACAGUGGUGCCCUCGAGAGCCACAUGAAGUUCCACAUGGACCAGAAAACAUACUCCUGCAUUUUCUGCCCUGAGUCCUUUGACCGCUUGGAUCUGCUUAAGGAUCAUGUGGCCAUCCAUGUCAAUGAUGGCUAUUUCACCUGCCCCACCUGCAAGAAACGCUUCCCAGAUUUUAUCCAGGUCAAGAAACAUGUGCGCAGUUUCCAUUCUGAGAAGAUUUACCAGUGUACAGAGUGUGACAAGGCUUUCUGCCGCCCCGACAAGCUGCGACUCCACAUGCUGAGGCACUCAGACCGCAAAGACUUCCUGUGCUCCACCUGUGGCAAGCAGUUCAAGAGAAAGGACAAGCUGCGAGAGCACAUGCAGAGGAUGCACAACCCAGAGAGGGAGGCCAAGAAGGCUGAUCGGAUCAGCCGCUCCAAAACCUUCAAACCCCGGAUCGCGUCCACUGACUAUGAGAGCUUCAUGUUCAAGUGCCGCCUCUGCAUGAUGGGCUUCCGCCGCAGGGGCAUGUUGGUGAAUCAUUUAUCAAAGAGACAUCCAGACAUGAAAAUAGAAGAGGUGCCAGAGCUCACGUUGCCCAUCAUAAAACCCAACAGAGAUUACUUCUGUCAAUACUGUGAUAAGGUGUACAAGAGUGCCAGCAAACGCAAAGCACAUAUCCUGAAAAACCAUCCUGGUGCUGAGCUACCUCCAAGCAUCCGGAAACUUCGUCCUGCAGGCCCGGGAGAGCCAGAUCCUAUGCUAAGCACCCACACACAGCUGACAGGCACCAUCGCCACUCCUCCAGUGUGCUGUCCUCACUGUUCCAAGCAAUACAGCAGUAAGACGAAGAUGGUGCAGCACAUCCGCAAGAAGCACCCAGAGUUUGCUCAGCUCCCGAACACGAUCCAUGCACCACUGGCGACAGCCGUCAUCAGUUCCACGCCAGCUGUUCUCACCACUGACAGCACGACCGGAGAAACUGUUGUGACAACAGAUUUACUGACCCAAGCAAUGACAGAGAUAUCCCAGACCCUCACUACAGAUUACCGGACUCCCCAGGGAGAUUACCAGCGCAUCCAGUACAUCCCUGUGUCUCAAUCCACAACUGGCUUGCAGCAGCCUCAGCAUAUACAGCUGCAGGUUGUUCAAGUGGCUCAGGCUACCUCACCUCACCAGUCCCAGCACUCCACAGUAGAUGUUGGGCAGCUCCAUGACUCCCAGACAUACACCCAACAUGCCAUCCAGGUGCAGCACAUCCAGGUCACAGAGCCAUCACCAGCAACUCAGUCAUCAUCACAGGCUGGGGGUCAGCCUUUGAGUCCCUCCUCGCAACAACCUCAGCAGGAGCUCAGCCCCUCACAGAUGCAGACAACUACAUCGACACAAGACCAAGCCCUCCAGCAGCAGCAAGGCUCCUCAGUGCAGCACACAUAUCUCCCCAGCAACUGGAACUCAUUUCGGAGCUACUCAUCAGAGAUUCAGAUGAUGACCAUCCCCCAAGGGCAGUACGUGAUCACAGAGACUGCUGUGGGUACCCCGGUCACCACUGUCAACACAGGGCAAGUGAAAGCAGUUACUCAGACUCACUACGUGAUAUCUGAAGGUCAGCCUGAUCUGGAUGGCAAACCAAACUCUUCACUCUCCAGUGAGGUUCAGGUGGGUGUUUCCCAGCCCACAGUCCACACGGAUCCCUUGGAAUCCCAGACGAGCAACCAGCAGCAAACCACCCAGUACAUCAUCACCACCACCACCAACGGGAGUGGCGGGAGCGAAGUGCACAUCUCCAAACACAGGACUUUCUCAGCAGAGCAUGAGUGAAAGAGCUUCAUGGUGCCAUUUGCUUGUCCUUGUCACCUCCCUGACAGCCGAGAUGUGGGGGUACCCUGGGGCUCUAUAUGUUUAAUGUAUAUGCUCACUUAUCUUCCACUAAAAUCUUGGAGCUCUUGUUAAUGCUUUAAGAGGGUUUAAUUCACAGUGACCAUUAAAUACCCUCAAAAUC